GAUCUCGCGCGGCGGGCUCUUUCACGGAGGGGGAUGGUCGCGAGGGAAGGAGCGUAGAUCCGUCGUUAGAGGCACUGUGUUGCGGAUCUGAAAAUCCAGAGACACCGCCGGUACUCUCAGUCACAGUAUCGCGUCGUCUCGGUCCACUUCGACGACAUCGACAAAGCAGCCGAUGACUCGUCGACGUCAUCGUUCUCUUCCGCUUCGCCUCGCCGUCCGGUCCGCGAAAGUGUUUCUUCUUUCCGACUCCCGGUGCGGUUUUAAACACGCCACGUGCCUCCGAUGUCAAGUUCCGAUGACUGAAACAGGGCAGAUUUUCUUUGUCCGUCGGUGAGGACUGUAAUUAAAAUUCAAACGGGAGAAUUUUGCUUGAGAAAUAAAGAGGAAACGUUUCGUCUCGACGACUGCUGCAAGACGACGAAGAGGAAAUUCGAAGAAAGUUUGUUGCACUGUAUUUUACUUGUGAGCACCAGCGUGGCCAUGAUUUUGCGAACCUGCCUCUGCCUGAAUCUCCUAGUGGUUUCGGCCCUGUGUCUGACAGCGGACGAGAUCGAGGCGCAGAGAAGCGGCUGGAAUCUAAAUCCCAACACGCAGUAUCACAUUCAGACCGAUGAGGGUCCGGAAAGAUUUUUUCGCUUUCAAACGUCGAACGGUCAAUACAGGAAGGAGAAGAGACUGGCCGACGGCACGGUGAUCGGCACCGAAGGCUGGCUCGAUCCUCUCGGAUAUUUACGACUGAAGGAUUACAUUGCGGAUCACGAGGGAUUUCGGAUACUAAGAUCGAAGAUGGUCUACGUGGGUAAGGAUCGACCCAUACAGGACGCGGUGGCCGAGACAAAGAAGGUUCCGGCGCAGACUGGCGUCUUGGCCAGACCCAAAAGACCGCCCAAUCCGUUCAGACGACCAGACCCCAAUGCCAUCGUGCCGCUGUCUGGCAACGACAUCACCUCCGGUUAUUACACUCCGACGACCAUCCGACCACGACCGAUCAACUUCACGCCCAUCGCGGGCAACGAUUAUUACUCGAAUCGACCGGGAUAUUCGUCCGGACUGCAGAGUUUGGACUAUCAUCGACCGCAAUCUGCUUACUAUCGCGGAUCUCGACGGCAACCGACGCAGAUCCUCGAGGCUCCCUACGAUUCCGCGAUCGGCGGUUCCUCCGUCCGGCCGAGCUACCGAUCUCCCAUUUCUCGUAGCAACGCGGAUUAUCCGCCUUACGACGGGACUCACAGCACGGCGAACGGUUUCCAGUACUAUCUGCGCCGACAUUAUCACGAGGAGGAGCGGGAGCCCGACGGCAACAACGUCGGAUCGUUCGGUUACAUCGAUCCGUUCGGCAUCAGACGGGUGAUUUAUUACAAGACGGAUCCGCAGACCGGCGGUUUUCUACACAAGAAGAACAAUCGAUACGUCGGAUUCAACGCGACGCCGUACGAUCCGCGCCCGCCCGAUCUGUCGAGAACGCGACUCUCGAGAGGAGCGGCGAAAGCCACGUAACAAAGUUCCCUCGUCGUUGUAUCGCUUCGCUGCCGUUGUUUGUCGCUCGUCAUCUGAUAUCGCGUCGACGCUGGCUUUCGCCGCGCUCUUGGACUGCCUCGGUUCGACCCGAUGAUCUCGACAACGAGACACACAACCCUCGCUCGUCGCAUCGAACCGCCGCUGCCUCGUCGUCGACGUUCUCUCUCUCUCUUUCUCGAGAAUGAAAUCCCGUCGCCGAUUUUCCGGCCGUCGUUGAAGAGAAAAGGAGAACGAAUGCUGAAGAUCGAUAAUCUAGAUGCUUCGCGAAGAAGAAUAAGGUUUCUCGUUGUCGCGCGGAGGAUUCCCCGUCAGAAAUUGCUCGGCGUGUUUCCCGAGGUGCCACGACAUGGAUUUCGUUCUCAUGCACCGAGUUCGCGAUAUCAUCGCAGUCGUCGGUAUUGUCCGAGAUGAUACAGUGUGUGCGUUUCCACACACACAGGAAUCGAUGAAAACAGGGAGACAAUGCACACGAAAGUAGUAGUUCUCUGGAAGAAACUGAGAGAUAUACAUAAAACGCGCGACUUUUCGCGUCAUCGAGAACCCUUGCGAGAGAACGCUUCCUUGAAUUCGUCGUCGUUGUUUCUUGUCUUUGUUCCAUUCAUUAUCGCGAUCAGAUGAUCGGGACAUCGCGCGCGAGAAGACGAGACGUUAGAUGCCAUGUUGGACUAUAUAUACGUAAGUGUAGUUUUCAGGGAAGCGCAGUGGGACUUCCUUGAAAAAAAAGAAAAAAAAAAAAAAAGACAGAAGAAAAUUAUAGAAUAACGUCGGACGCGCAAUGUUCGCCAACUUUUCCACUUGCGUCAUCGAUUUGUGAAGCGUGCGAACGAACACUCGCGCAUGGCAUUGUCUCUUCGCGUGUAAAACUUUUUUCUAGCAAGUACAAGAUAGCAGUUUUCUUCUCCGAGUACAAGAUAUGUAGUUUAUAAAAACAUUUUCUCACUCAGGCUGUAACAAACACACCGGCGACACUUAUAACAGCGAGAUUUUUUUAAGAAAACUAGUUUUUGCGACACGGUUGUCUGUGUAACAAUCGUAGUGAGUAUCGUAUAAAUUAAUUUUUACAUCGCCUUAUCGGCGAUUUUUUUUUGUUCUUGGCGAAUAUUGAGCUAACGACGAGAAAAUCCCACCUGCCGAAUCAAAAUACGAAGAACGGCCAGAUACACUUUGGCGCGAGCGGAUCGAACGCAUCUAAUCCCGCGCGGUGCGCUUUAAUUUUAUUCUAGCGAUAGUGUUUACGCUAAAAGCCGCUUCGUUAAUCACGGGAUAGGAUUAACGAGUGAAUAGAUAAAUCGCUUAACUACGUCCGACACAUAUAAAUGUAGACAUCGCGCACUGUAAUGAUUAAUUAAGCGGCGGCAGAUCCGGAAAUUCCAUAAUAGCUUCCUAUCGCCGAUUCCUGACGCUAAUGUAGUUACUUUUUUAGUUCGUAACGCGAGCAUUUUUUUUUUUUUUUUUUUUUACGCGCCAAUUUCUCGCGAUCUGCCGCGCGACGAACGAGAUCCGCUCGUGCCAAACAGCGAAGGAGCCUCGUUAAUACAGUUAAUCGUUAAGUCAAAUCUCUCGUCGCGACAAAGGUGCUGUUCUUUUGAAGUAAAAGUUUGCGCACACUUUCCGUUGUUUCGUUGUUGCGAUGAGAACCGUGCCGUUCCACUCUGUGCGCGUAGUCAAUUGUCGUCGAUUUUCGCGGACCAACGCUCUCCGCGCGAACGAAACGUGAAUUAUCAUCACCGACGUUUGCAAUAAAAAGGCGGAGUAAGAUUUACAUAUGUGUGUAAGAUAUAUAUCGCGCGGCAUCUCGUACGCGCUUAACUUAUUUUUUAUACACGUACGUGUUUUAUUAAUUAUAAUACACACACAUACGCGAAAGCGAGCAUCAACACGCACGCGUGGAACGUGUCAGGGCUCUUGUGAUAUCGAGCAACUCUUUACACGAAGAAAAUGAAGUAAAUAAAAAAAUUUGUUUAACACAGAAGUGCUGUUUCGGAAAAGAUAAGAUUACACGAUGAGAAAGUGUAACGAGAAUUUAAGACUCUGCACGAUAUUACGAACUUACUGUAAUUACUAAAAUUUCAAUUUAAUUAUUGUAUUCGGAUUGUUUUUUUUUAAAUCAUUACAUGUUGUGUAUAAUACUUUGCGUAUAUAAUGGGACGCGUUUGCGCGCUACGUUCGCAAAUUGUUUUUCGAAAUAAGUUUUACAUUUUUAGUAACGGGUCUUCGGUGCGUGCAAAUUAUCGAACAUUUUUUAACAUUGACGAAUAUAUCGGAUAGCUAAUGCUAAUGAGCUUUUUGAGCGAGAGUUGUUUCGAAAAGUAAUUAAACUAGUUUUAAUCUUACAAAAACUGUUGAUAGAUUUCCCCGGCCCGAGAUAAGCUGCCGAAUGAAAAUCCUUGACACCAGAGGAUCAAUGUCCGCCUUCGCUCGGACGAUUGGUUUUGCGAAAGUGAAAGUUUAUGAAUUUUUGUCUCUUAACUCUUUCAUAGAUUUUUUUUUUUUUUAAUAAUACUUAUAGCUCUCUUAAAACAAUUGUUGAUUCUUUGCGGUUAAACGUAACUGACUUUUGUGUAAGAAGAAGAACGAUAUAUCUCUCACACGUGACGUAUAUGCUAAUUCGAAAUAUUUAUUCAUAGCGUCACGCGUGAGACAGUCGCUGAACGCGCGCAUGGGUCUCCUCGUGUCGCGUGUACAUGAUCGUGUAACGGUACAGAACGCAACGUGCAUGAAAAAAAAAAAAAA